AUGAAUCGGUUUCGCAAAAACAAGAAGGCGAAGGAGCCCGCGGAGGAUCAAGAAGGGGCAUCAUCACCAGGAUUCAGUCUAAAAACAUCGAAGAAGAAGGUCGCACCGGAACCCAAACCAGAUUUCGACCUAUCCGCCGCACUGCCCCCGACAGACAACUUCCGCACCAGUCUGCUAAUGCCCAAGUUGUCCGCUCGAUUCAGCAUGCUAAAGGAACAGGACGACCCACUUUCCAUGCUAGGCAAGGCCAGUGACGAUAGUGUUUUGUUUCCCAAGCGCGCUUCGCGACUCAAUUUGUUCGGCCACAACCCCGCCACGCUGGCAGAUAUCGACGAAGUUUGCUCCAAUGAUGGUAGCCGACCAUCCCUUGCACUCGACCGUACUGGUUCUUUUGCCUCCGGUGGGGAUGGUUAUGGUACAGACGAUGACCGAUCCCAGGGGGGCAGCAUGAUGAGCCGAGCCCGUCGUGCUGAGGGCAAUAAUCUGUUCGGUGGUCGCCAAAAGAUCUACAAGAUCCCGGUCCGAUCGCCAGGAGCAACAACCCCCGAUGCGCCAGAGGCUGCUCGCCGGGGAAUGGGAAAGCCGGUCUAUGACCACGACAUGAACCUCUCUGCUUUCCAGCGGUUGCGCCUCAAGGAGAAGGAAGAGAGAACGGCGGAGGCCGCCCGGGAAUCUGGAUAUGCCGCUUCAACCGCUUCAUCCAACAGCCGAGCCACAUACUCCUCCACCGCAUCUGGGCCUCUGUCAACAGUUCCAACAUCAACUGCAGCAACCUCGGCCGACGAGUCACCGAUGAACACAUCCCAAUCUCCAGCGACCGGUUAUCCGUUCCCCGAAACCCUUCCUGAGGCCCCUCGGCCCGGUCCUGGCCCGAUGUCUGCCCCGCGCAAUGGUUCAAUCCGCAAUCGUCGUCUCUACGGACAAGGAUUGACCCAGGCUGCUCAAAGCCAGCAGAGCUCGACCUUGCACCGCCUGGAGAGUUUGAGUCGCCAGCGUGCCGGCACUCCAGAUCUCCCCUCUUUGAACCGCAACUAUUCCAGAAGCGCCACCAACCUGCGGGACCGCCUGCAAAACCUUUCAAUUGUCGAGCCGGCUUCUACAUUACAGGCGACUAGCCCUCCUUCAUCUGAAACAUCACCAAAGCCGCGUAUGUCCGGAGAAGCUGCGCUCAAAGACCGCCUUUCGCCCACAGUAGCAACGUUUGGGGCUCCUCCCCUGAGCCCGCCAACAAGCGAGAACGACGAGAUUCCCUCACUGUUGGCAGCAUCAAUUAACCCAGAAGACCAUGGAAAGGCUACCGCCAUGGGCUUGUUCAACCGGCCUGCCACUGGUUUCGACGAGCAGGCAUUCUCCCGCCGCCAACUUCAAAUGCACCAAGGACGAGAGACCCCGCCUCCGCGCCGUGCAUCCCCCCCGCGCCGACCUCUACCUGCAGAGCCUGCGGGCCGUCCUCGGGGACUGUCGAAGUCCAGCUAUCGUUCCCGAGCAGAGUCUGCCUCAUCUCACUAUAGUAGUGAUGCGCACCGCGGCAUUGACCACUCUGGUGCAUCCAGUGUUGAGGCUUCCCCCUUUAGACCUGGAGUGAAGAGCUUCUAUGCCAACUCAAGUGCUAGCGAGUCUGGCGAUGAAGGAGAGAAUCCCUCUUCCCAAGAACUCUCAUCCUCGACUUCGCUGGCCACCGGGUACGGCCCGCCGCUUCAGCACUCAACCCCCACGAAGGAUCACCUCGAAACGCUCCCCGAAGUAAGAUACUCCGAUCUGGGUGAUCUUAGACCCAUCGACGAGAAUGACCUUGACUUCACGAAUUCUUCUCCUGGAAUCAGCGAUAACACACCCAAGAGACCCGACUCGCCAACUCUGGAGCCGGAUCAAGGCUUUAAUGGAGUGGGGGGAAUGAUUAGAUCUCACCUGCGUCAGGAAAGUGACAUGUCUUCCAUCUUCCCUCCCCUCUCGCCUCGACCUGCGCAGCAGCAAAAUGAUACACAUAUCCCUGAGACCGAGACCCAGAAAGGGACUCCCCAGCCACCGACCACUGUUCCAAUGAUAGCAGAACCCCGCGAAGAGAGUCGGCCAUCAUCAACAACCCGCCCAGGAACCUCGAGCUCGCAAUCUCCUUCUAGACAUUCUACGGAGGGCACGGGUUCUCGAAACAGCGCGGAGUCAUCCGCACCUGGAACUAACCCCGACACAGCUUCUGUAUCGAACGGCUCAUCCUGGAGGGAGGAAUUGGAACUUCAUCAUCGCCGUCAUGGAAGCACUGAGACCCAAAGGGAGCGAGAGGAAUUCGCCAUUGAGCUGGCGGAGAGACGUAGAAAGGUGCAGGAGAAGCUGCGAAGUGUUGCCGAGAGCGACAGCCGAUCCAGCAGUCCCACCCCGGGCCGGUCAACGCCAGACUUGUCCCGGGCUGGUAACGCGUUUGCCAUGUUGAAGCACAAGUCCAGCAAACAGGCUAGCGCAAAGCCCGAUCAAAAGAAGUUGUUUGGUUAUGUCGCUGGCAAUGCGUCCACGCCUGUACUCUCUUCAGAUGACUCGAUGCGUGAAGAGGAGCGGCCCUCUUUCAGCUUCGGCCGGCACUCCAACUCCAGCUCUCCCCUUAUUGGAUCGGAGCGUUCACUCAGGUCUCGUAUGCCAUCUCUCAACCGCGACAACAGCUACGAAGAUUCGCGCGAGUCCAGCCGCAGCCGUGGCCCCUCGCCUUUCAGAGACCAGAGAGACCGGGCAGGCUCAGAUGCAUCAGGCCGGUCCAAGAGUCGAACCAGACUUCGCGAGCGAGAUGACCUUCAAACUGUGGACGAGGGUUCCAUCAUUGCACAUGAUAAUUUUACUGUUCCUGAGGGCUAUGAGCCUCCCAUGCCUGUCUCGCGCCCUACAUCGAGUCGGCCAUCAACAGAAAUGUCUGACUCUGUGAGCUUCGACCGCACUCCCUCUGCCGCUUCGGGCAGAAACCGCAGUACCAGCCGAUCCGGUACACCAAGCUUCCAAUACGAACGGCCAUUCCAGUUCUCCCAGUCCAACACGUCCUCGAUCAUCGGUGCCUCGCCCCGGCCCCCACCGGCUGCCCCGGCCUACUCCGCAAAUGCCACUCCUCCGCUGAACGAAAUGCCGACAGACAGCUCGUCUACAUCUCUGGCAUCUUCAUCCAGCAACUCGCAGAAUCCUCAACGUGGGUUGGGACACGGCUCCCUCCUGAAGCGCCCUGUGAACAAGAAGCAGAUCUCCGAGCCUACCUUUGUCUCAUCCACAUCAAACGUUCCUCUCGUUGGUCUCCCAGCCGGAUCCGCGCUGCCUUCACCUGGAAGCGCACCUCCACUCCCACCUAUGAACCCCCGCCGUCGCCGCGGAACCGCCACUCAAACCAUCUUGGGUGCCUUUAAGAGCGACAAGAACGACUUGUCACGGGUCGCUUCCCCCGUCCCGAGCCCCGGGGACGAACACAGUGUCUUCCCGGAUGAGGAAAAACGUCCGCGCUCCCGCAACCGUCUGCGCAAGACCUCGAGUGAGGGUGGUAACCUGAACGCGCGGGCGCGCCAGGGAUCCAUGACCAGCACUCCGCCGGCUGUGCCUCAAUACCCGCCUCCUGCUGUCCCCGUCGAUGGAGGCAUGUUCUAA